AUGAAAACCUUACAAGAACAUCUAAUAAAUGCUCGUAAUGGAAAUGUUGCAUCAAUUGGUUGGAAUUCUCCAAAUGAACUUGCUUCAGCUUCAUGGGAUAAAACGAAAUGUGGAAAAACUACUUUAAUAUUUGAUACAUUACCUGUUAAUGGUUUAUUAGUUUGUGAUUUUAGUGAUCGAUUUGUUCGUCUUUAUGAUACAUGUCUUCAAGGUUUAUUAGAUUUUAUUUUAAAAAACAAAUUAUAUUAUUUUAAUUAA